CAGUCUUCACAUGAGACCUACUAUUGCGCACAAUGAAAGGCUUCGCCUUCCACAAAAACAUAAUGUAACCCCAACGCGAUAACGCAAAAGGUCGCUUCAUUGGGACAACUGGAGUUAUUUGCCAUUGACCUGUUGGGAUCACGUGAUCUUCCUGAAGUAGCCAUGGCCUUCCAUUGCUCGAAAAAGUUCGCGUCGUUUAAAAGUUUCUUAACAUACGGACAAUCUAUAUAUUUGGAAAACCUCCUCUUCAUUAGUUCCUAAUUAAAGUAGAGAAGUCAACGAAAUAGAUCUAUGGCUUAGAACUGAUAGAUAAAAUUUGUGAAGAUAGUCGAAUCAACUUGUUAAGCUGAUGAAGAAGCUAUGAAUUAUUGUUAAUUGUAAAACGCUAAAUGGAAUUAUACCAUUAAAAUUUAGCUUUAAACUCAACUUCAAAAGGAAUUCACCGACUUGGGAUUUAGCAGAAAAGAAAAUUACCCGAUUAUUCCAUAUUAUUUUUCAGUCAAGAAAUUAUAUUUUAUUAGUUGAUAUCAUCAAAAUGAGCUUAUUGCAUCGCUUAAUAACAAGAGGGAAUUAUUCUGCAACAAUUCGUGACCUACUCAGAGCAGGAAUGAAUCCGAAUACGACAGAUGAAAUGGGAAAAACACCUCUACACAUCGCCGUUUGCAAAAAUGAAGACAAUAUACAAGAAUCUGAAGCCAGUUUGCAAGUUGUACGGGAAUUAAUUUAUUUUGGAGCCGAUGUGAAUCGUACGGACAACAUCGGAAACACUCCUCUGCAUUUUGCCGUUUGUUUUAGGAAUUACGAAAUGAUGGAAAUUCUUCUAAAAUGCAAUGCAGGAAUAGAUAUACAGGAUGAUCUUGGAAAUACUGCAAUGCAUUAUGCUAUUGAUAACUGUAAUUUGUUACAGUGGACAAAGUCUGACUAUAAAUGUCCUGGAGAAGGAUCACAUGCCGAUUUGGCAGCAGUGAAACUACUUAUGAACUAUUUUCCGGAUAUCAACUUAUAUAAUAUUUUAUCUGAAAUUCCCCUGAUAUGGGCAGUGAAAGAACAGAACCAUCAAAUUGUUCAAAUAUUACUCAAGAAAGGUGCAUCCUAUUCUUUGAGAGAUAUACAUGGCAAUGACGCUUUGCAUUAUUCUUUAGAUCAAGUAGAAAUAAAUGAGGGCAUUGUGACGGAACUCCUCAAAUAUGGAAGUAACCAUGAAUACAAAAAUAACCGUUCAGAAACUCCAGUGGAUGUGUAUCUAAAAAGACUUCACAAUGCAUCACCAACAGAACAAAAAAAAGCAGAAUACUUAUUUAAAAUUUUUGUGUUUCAGAAAAAUUAUUUUAAGAAUACACAAUGCCGAGAAAUAGCAGACAUAAGCAGAAAAAUGAAAAGCCUUCUGCGCAAAUUCUUUUGGUACUGCCGCUUUGAAAUUGAAAAAAUGAAAAUUGAUGAACUAGUAACAGAUUAUACUAUUUUUCAAUUGGCUUCGAGGGGAUUUUAUUAUAAUACUUCUGAAGAGAAACCUCAGUCAUUUGAAAUAUUUGACAAAACACUUGAAAAAUUGAAGAGAGGCGAUUAUACCGUAUAUAUUGACAUAAUCGUAUCUGGUAUUUGCAGAGACUAUAUGGCUAUUAAAACUGCAGAAACUGGUUACUGGUUGGACCGAAAAGGUGAACGGGUAGAAUUUUUAAAUUUUGACACGCGAUAUCGCCUUUGUUACUAUUUGACGAAUUUUGAGAUGUUUAAUUUGAUGCUAGCGUUUUCAUCAAGACGCUGGUUUCUUAAAACCUGCAGAAUCUGCAACGGCUUGUGUACAAAUGUUUAAUUGUGCUUUAUUUCUGUAAUUGAAUAUUUUUAAAAGGAAGAGUUGAACUAAAGGCAUUUCUCUCUAAAUACUGUUAAAGUAAGGAUAUUUUUGCGAGUCAAGCAUAAUUUUUACCAUUAUGUUAAAAUUUUAAAUUGAAGAUCAACAUACAAUUUAAUGUUUUCGUUUUUAUUGUGUAAUAAAAAAAUCUUUUUAAAAUGUUACUUUUUUUAACUAAGCUUUCAGAUGCUCCUAUGGUUUUAGAUUCAUGCAGUGGCGGAUUUCGUAGGCAGUCUAAAAAGUUGCCUAUAAUAUUGAAGCCGAAUGAGUCACACACGCUGGCUAGUAAAAAAAAUAUAAUUAGCCUACAAUUCAAAUAAAAUUCAUGAGAAAUAAAAUUAGCUGUGUAAAAAAUUAGUACCUCAGUGUGUAUUAACAAUAACUUCUUAUAGUCAUUUAUUAAAAUGUAAUAAUAUUGUAUGACACAUAGAAAUAUUAAUAUUCCAUCAAUGGUUCACUCUAUAUCGCAUUUGUUGAUUCCGUAAAAUAAUAGAUUUUAAUGUUAAAGUUCUUCAAAAUUUAAUUUUUUUCCAUUCUUUCCCACUAAUCAAAUAACUUGUUUCCAAAUUAGGGAAUCAAUAAUAAUUAUGGUUAAAUUUGAAUGAAUUUUA